GCAUGCGUCAGCGUGUGGGUGCGCCGGAUCAAGGGUCAGCCCACAAGAUGGCGGCGGCAGUGACCUUCUGCCGGCUGCUGGGCCGCAGCGGCCGGGCGGCGCUGAGCCUGCCCCGGGGCGUCCGGUGCUUUGGGGUGCGCACGUCGCCGACCGGGGAGAAGAUUACGCACACCGGCCAGGUCUACGACGAUGCGGACUACAGGAGGGUCCGGUUCGUGGGUCGCCAGAAAGAGGUGAAUGAAAACUUUGCCGUUGAUCUGAUCGCUGAGCAGCCCGUGAGUGAAGUCGGAAACCGUGUGACCGCGUGUGACGGCGGCGGGGGGGCUCUUGGCCACCCGAAAGUGUACAUAAACCUGGACAAGGAAACCAAGACGGGGACGUGCGGCUACUGCGGACUGCAGUUCCGGCAGCACCAUCACUAGCGCGGCCGUGCGCACAGCGCCUCUC